AUGGCCGGCUUGGGUGAUAUGACGCCGGCCUAUCCGGGGGUAGCCGAGCUUACCCGUCAGCUGGACCAGGAGAAAAUCGCGAUGCUGUCCAACAGGGUCGAUGACUUGCGAAAUCAAAAUCAAGAGUUGAAGAACAAGAUCUUCAAGUCAGAGAACGAUACGCACGAGUUCGUGGCCUAUUUCCAGAAGGAGAUGGAAACUAAGGAUGGCAUUAUCUCAAAGCUCAAUGAUGAACUCAUACGGAAAGAGAGGGCAAACAAAGAAAAGGCGCUGACCAAUCAGAUCAAGAACCUAGAGGGAGACCUGUCUGCGUUAGUGAGGUUCCGCGAGCUGAGGGACGCGCACGACAAGGCCAUGGAGGACAUGGCAGCAGCCGUCAAGGCCAAAGAACAGGCGCACGCGCAGGAGAUGAUCGACCUAGAGAGGAAACUUCUGACUGACAAGUGCAAUCUUCAAAAGGACUUGGAGCGCGUGAUCGAGGACGUUAGGCGUCAGGCUAAGAUAGAGGCGCACAGUAGCCUAGGGGGGGAGACGAAGCGCAUCGCCGGGGAGAACAAGCGCUUGGCCAAAGAGCUCCGGUUCCAGAUGCAGAUGACGACAGAGCUACAGGCUCACAGCAAGACCCUGGAGGACCAGACUACCACCACCGCGAGAGACGUCGCCAUCCUCAACGACAAGGACCAGGAAUACGCAAGACAAGGGCAGGCCAAGAACAAAGAGUUAAAGCGGCUGAAGGAGCAGGUGACAGCGCUGACAAAGGCUCUGACGAACGAGGCGCUGAAGGGAAAAAGGGAAGGCGACAGGACCCGGCAAGAAGUAGCACGUGAGCUACAAGAGCAGACCCUCGACGGAGCAGGACUGCGGCAGCUGCUGAUGCUGAAGAAUAGGGAGUUGAGGAACGUUCGAAAGCUGAGCCAGUAUAUCCUGGAUCAGCGAAACGAGGUGGAAACCUUUUUCUUGGAAGCCUUGGAGGAAGUGCGGCGAUACAUCGUCGACAGAAGACAGAAGCAGUACCGGAGGGCGGUCAUGGAGUACAAUCUGCGCGUUCGUGAGGCUAGCAGGAACCAGACAAAGUUCCCAAAGAUCAGAGAUAUCUCGGUGCUAGACCCGGGCCCGCCAUCUUCUUUGCCGACAAACCCAGACACUAAGGUGGACAUCUCCAGUCUGACCUGGGAAGACAAGGAGAGGGUGCUGCGUCUUCUGUUUGCCAAAAUCAACAACGUGCAGGGCUAUGUGGAUACUACUCCGGAGCACCCGCUCGAAGCAGCCAGCGCAGCUGCCUUCCCUCCUUCCGUCCAUGGCAGCGCCGCCAGCCAAAGCGACAACGACGAUGCACGAUCGUUACAAGACGCAGGAAGCAGCAACAACAAAAGCCCGACGUUCGUGACCCAAGCGGGUAGAGCGGCGGCGGCCAAUAGGUCGAGCCUCGAGCAGCUAACCGAGCGAGAUAUUGGGGCGGCGGGGGGGGCGGCUGGGGGUGGUUUCGUCGUUGUUGGUAGCGGGUCUUCCAGCGGGUCUUCGGCACGCGGCAAGGGGGCAGGGAAUGGGCGGGGUUGUUCAUCACCCCCCUCUCCGGUUUUGGUAGGGGUGCCACAUGAGCCCCAGGCCCCCUCCGUAGUGUGA